AUGUUCCAGCAAGUGCCAAUGGUGGAAAUUGAUGGGAUGGAGCUGGUGCAGAGCAGAGCCAUCCUCAACUACAUCGCCGCCAAACACAACCUCUCUGGGAGAGACACCAAGGAGAGAGCCCUGAUUGAUAUGUACAUAGAAGGUGUGGCAGAUUUGAAUGAAAUGAUCCUGCUUUUACCCAUAAGCCCACCUGCUGAAAAAGAUGCUAAGAUUACCCUGAUCAAAGAGAGCACAACAAAUCGUUAUUUGCCUGCGUUUGAAAAA